AUGUGGGCUUCUGGCUCUCGUUUGGCGCCAGCCUUAUCGAAGGCUACUAGGCUUCAGUUAGGUAAUAUUAAAACGGAAUAUGGCUACGUAUCAACGGCAGCAGGUUCCCAAGAAAAAUGGGGCUUCUUAUUCAAGGGAAGAAGGUACCCGUUGAUUAGCUGCGGAUAUUCCAUAUGCCUUGUUUGCAUCGCCAUAACGGUGGUGGGCACGUAUCAGCAAUACCGCGAUAUGAUUAUCAUGACGGAGCACAUAUCUUACGAAGAUGUAAAGGACCGAUGUCUGACACCGAUGCCUGGGUGGGCGCGCCUUCGAAGCCUGCAGAUCGCUAGUCCACUUGGUCCGAUGACAUAUCGAGACCCAACACCGCUGGAUUGGCUGCCAUUUGAGCUGAAACUUGGUUGUGUUAAGCAAGCAUCGUACUAG